AACGUCAGGACAAGCAAGCUGCAGUCUGGGAUGAAUCUGGCAACAACAGUCUGGGAUCUUUAUUUUCCCUUAUCGGUGCUGCAGCCGAGAGCUCGUCUCACACACUAGUCUAGCUGGUGGGCGUGCGUGCAAAAUGUUUACUGGAAACAAACAGAGCAGUUCCUAUUUCCUCGAGUUCAGCAGCUGGCUGUAAAACUGAGUACGAGUGACAAAGGGAGACGGAGAUAGUGGUACUUGCAAUCUGUUGUUACCGAUUGUUACGAUCCUCUGUGCACCGCCAACCGAGGAAGGCUGCUGCAGGAGCAGCUUGGAAAAGAGCAACGGCUCUGUGUGCAAGAGACGUGGUUGCAUUGUUGUCAUUGCCGAGCUGUAGGGGACAAGGAGUCUGCUGUGACCAGGACAAGAGCUGAUGUGAAAACUGCACUGUGACUGCCACGGAUGGCACUACGAGGGAAAUGACAACAUCUGGAUGGGAAGUGUCAGCAGCAGCAGGGAAGAGGGAUACUACCAUCGCUUAUUGUCUGUUUUUCAAAGGAUCUAGUGUAACAUCUUUGUAAAGUGGGGGAGCAAAAUACGAUUACUAUGAGCGGAGGGGAAGUGGUCUGCUCGGGCUGGCUUAGAAAGUCACCACCAGAGAAGAAGUUAAGAAGAUACGCAUGGAAGAAGCGUUGGUUCAUUCUUCGCAGUGGUCGGAUGAGUGGAGACCCAGAUGUACUAGAAUACUACAAAAAUGACCACUCAAAGAAACCGAUCCGUGUAAUUAACCUCAACUUCUGUGAACAGGUAGACUCAGGGCUUCGCUUCAACAAAAAGGAACUGCAGGAUAGCUACGUGUUCGACAUCAAGACCAGUGACCGGACAUUUUACCUUGUAGCUGAGACAGAAGAGGAGAUGAAUAAGUGGGUCCGUUCCAUCUGCCUGAUUUGUGGUUUCAACCAGUCAGAAGAUAAUACAGAUUCCAUAAGAAGCGUCCCCUCAGGAGGUCUUGGCCCUCGUUCUUCUCCUGCUGACCUGGGACAUUCUAACCAACAUCUUUUGAGGGUACGGAAGUCAUCAGCACCAGCCCACUCCAGCCAGCCUACCCUAUUCACUUUUGACAACUCAAGCCAUGUUCCACCCCCGCUGUCUGCUAGCGCUCCACAGGACUACCUCUUUCUCCAUCAGUGCAUGAGCAGAAGAACAGAAAAUGCAAGGAGCGCCAGUUUCUCACAAGCUUCUCGGUCUUCUUUCUUUAUAAAAAAUGAUUCACCUCUUCAGAAAAUCUGCCAGGGAUACCCACACUGUAUGAACAGAGUAACUGGACAAGCCCAUGGCUUUUAUAGCUUACCAAAGCCAGUCAAGAAUAAUUAUGAUAACAGAGACUCCUCUUAUAGCCAGCCUAGAAGCUCAGACAUUGACGGCUAUGCCAAAUCUAACCUUAGUGCAUCAGAAAAAGAAAAUCAGGAUGAAUACAUAUUUAAAAUUCCCAAUAAUGCUUUAUGCAGGGAAUUAAGUGAGCUGUCCACAGAUGGUUGUGUUCCAACAACCCCUGCCUCAGUUUACCAAAUUCCAAGAACGUUUACACUGGACAAGAAUCACAAUGCUUUAACUAUGGGUUCCAGUGACCUGAUUGCUACUCCUCCUCCUCGGCCACCCAAGCCUGGACAACUGGAACAAAAAUGUGGUAGCCCACAGCAGCAUUACAAUGGAGAACGCAUGAAUGCAAUGGUGACAACUACCAUUACUAGGAGAAACACACUGCCAGCCGUGGAGAACAAUCGUCUUUAUCGAGCUUCAUCAUGUGACUCGUAUGAGUACCCACAUCAUGGCUGCAGUGAUAAUGGCCUUUCAGUCGAGUCUGUGAAUGACGGCUACAGCUCUUAUCUAAGAACAAAACCUAUGAUAAGUCAGUCAGACAGCCUUGAUUCUGAAGACAACUAUGUUCCAAUGAACCCUGGUGUUUCAUCAUCACCUCUUAACAUGGAAAAGACAAGUUCUGGUGACAGUCCACAGAAUGUGUACAUUCCCAUGAGCCCAGGGCCACAUCACUUUGACUUUUCUGGAUAUUCAUCUGCCACCCUUCCAGCUCGUAAAGGAAGUGCUGCAUCUCUUUCCCACCACCCCAGCUGGGUCAAUGACAUUCAACCACCACCUGUCAAUCGCAACCUCAAACCAGAUCGGAAAACCAAGCCAUCUCCCCUGGAUCUGAGACCUAUUGCUGUUAUCGAUGAGCUUCCUUUCAAGUCUCCUGUGACAAAGUCCUGGUGUCGACCAAUUUCAGCUAUGAAUUCUCUGUCUUCACAACACUGCAGACCUGUGUCUACUCAGAGCAUCACAAGCACAGAUUCAGGGGACAGCGAAGACAAUUACGUACCAAUGCAAAAUCCAGUUUCAGCUUCUCCAGUGCCUAGUGGUACUAAUAGCCCUGCUCCUCGGAAAAGUGGAAACGUUGAUUAUCUGGCUUUGGAUUUCCAGCCAAGUUCCCCUAGCCCUAACAGGAAGCCAUCUACAUCCUCUGUUACUUCUGAUGAGAAAGUGGAUUAUGUACAAGUGGACAAGGAGAAAACACAGGCUCUACAGAACACUAUGCAGGAAUGGACAGAUGUUAGACAGUCCACAGAGCCAACCAAGGGCCAGAAGUAACAGCAGACCAUUUUAAGGAGACAAAGAUGUGCACAGUCUACAUGCCACCUCCCUGGGCUAGCCUGCAGCUCAGCUUUCAUUGACAUUAUUACUCUCUUAAAUUGUUAGAAAAAUUUGCUGAAUGACUGCACACAAGAUCACACUGCAUUCAGCAAUGUAUCUAAAAUAUCGUAUUAGUCCAGGGUGCUACACCCAGGCAGCCAUGCUGUAUGGCAUAGUAUCUUUGCAGUUUUUGGCUGGGAUAUGAAAGAGAGAUACAAAUAUAUGCAUCUUUACAACACUAGUGAUGAAGGUUCCAUACUUGUUUUGCAAGUAUCAUUUACUGUAAGGAACAUCUUUCGCCUUUUGCACUGAGUAGUUUUGAGUUAUUGCAGAAUACGGUUACAGUGGAAUGUGGUGUUUACUUCCUGAGUAGAAGGAAUGUCUGAUUUUUACGUGUUUAGCAAAGCUAUUUGAAGGAUUUUGAAACUAGGAUGCAGUGAUACCAUUUGUUUUUUAAUUCUGUUGCAAGAAGUGUUUUGCUUCUGUUCAUUGUUGAACAGAACUGCUGAUGCAGCACAAAGGCCUGCCAGCACUACAAGUUUAAUGAAAAAAAGUCAAAUAAAUGUACCUUUUGAACUGCACAGCACAAAGCAUUCAAGUGCAUUUUCUUGUAAUAUACAGUUCUUGAAAAAGAAGUUAUGUACUUAACAUAACAUUCCAUCUGUGUUGUCCAUUUUCAUUCUUUCUCAGCGUAUGGGUUCGGAUUUGACUCGGCUAUUACUCUAGCUCAUGUCCACUAACAAACCCUCAAGCUCCUUUCCUACCCAUAAUGCACUAUGCUUAACAUCCCUGAGAUCCUAUUUACAGCUUGAGAGAAAGAGAGAGAGAGAGAGAGAGUCUAUAAAAGAAUUGCUAUAACUUCCUCCAGAAGUCAUUUGUGAGAAAUACAGGGGGAUGGAGGGUGGGGACCCUGAGACUUCCUGAACCACAUUUUUCAACCUCCCCAUUGAUUCAUGGAAAAGGUCUGUUGAGGGGUCGAAAAAUGUAUGCCCAUGGCAGGUAGGGUCUUUCCAUCCUUCUCACACCUGGAGAGUGUGUCUUUAACUGUGGG